UUAUUAUUAUUAAACUGUACCGAGUCAGUUGUUCCUGCUCUGAAUCCUAAAUCUCGCGAGAGAAGGUGAGAUUCAACAUGGCGACGUCCUGCUGCUGAAACUCGUCUAUUCUGUCAAACCUAAAUUAUUUAAAAGCAAAAAAACAAAAAAACAAAAAACAAACAACAAAAAAAACAUAAAUGAACAAAUAAAUAAUUCUGCGAAUCUCUUAAAAGUCGGGUGGGCCUGAUAAAUUUGUGGACAACUGCUUUGCGGAAUAUAUAAUGGCGGACAUUUGCAAAUCUGAAGAUUCAUUUAAAUCCGAGAAACAAGAGAAAGACUCUUCUCCAGACACGGAGGAUGUAAACACCAGCUCGGUCCAGAGUAAAAUGUCAUCAUCUGGUCCCCUUCACACUAAAAACCAUCACAGAGGGAUGGAUGCAGAAAUGCGCAAGGAGAGAAUUCACUGCUGCACUCAGUGUGGAAGGAGCUUUACUAGAAAGGGUCACCUUCAACGACACCAUCUAAUCCACACGGGAGAAAAACCACAUCACUGCUCACAGUGUGGAAAGACAUUUAGAGAGCAAUGCCAGCUCAAAAACCACCAACGCAUUCACAGCGGAGAGAAGCCGUAUUACUGCUCGACUUGCGGGAAGAGUUUUACACAACAGAGUAAUUUUAAAAAACACCAGAGGAUUCACACCGGAGAGAAGCCGUAUCACUGCUCACAGUGCGGGAAGAGUUUUACAGAGCAGAGUAAUUUUAAAAUCCACCAGCGCAUUCACACCGGAGAGAAACCGUAUUACUGUUCACAGUGCGGGAAGAAUUUUACCCACCUUACUAACUUUAAAAUCCACCAACGCAUUCACACCGGAGAGAAGCCGUAUCACUGCUCACAGUGUGGGAAUAGUUUUUUAGAAUUGGGUACUUUAAAAAGACACCAGCGUGUUCACACAGGAGAGAAGCCGUAUCACUGCUCAGAGUGUGAAAAGAGUUUUAGAGAGUUAAGUCAUUUAAAAACGCACCAACGCAUUCACACCAGAGAGAAGCUGUAUUACUGCUCACAGCGUGAGAAGAGUUUUACACAGAAAUGCAAUUUUAAAAAUCACCAACACGUUCACACAGGAGAGAAGCCGUAUCAGUUUAUACUGUGCAAAAACCUUAGCUAAAUAGUGGCACAGGCAAAAUCCCAUGAGCUCACGAAUGCUGGAGAGAAACUUCAUUACUGUUCAGUGUUGGUGUAAUCCAAAACAUUCACGUAGAACAGAAGAUGUACACUCACAUUGUUUAUUGGUGUGUUGAUUAGGCAAUGAUGAUUUUCAACUAAGUAUAAACCACAUGUUGGUAAAAGCUUUCUGCCUCCUGAAGAGCAGUAAGACCUGGCACAGGAAGAAAACCAACACAUAAACCCUUGCGUGUCAGUUUAAAAAAGUUACACAUAGGUCCAUAGAGGACAAAAAUAACUAUGUCCAAAAAGUGUCAUAAAAAUAUUUAUUAAUAUUUUUUUUCCACUUUCACUGAU